AUGAUCACCAGUCUGCUAAGCACCCCCGUGAUCGCCGGCUUGGCCAUCGCCCUGCUCGCCCUCAUCCUCGCCCCAUUAUUCUCACCACUUCGCUCUAUCCCCGGGCCCUUCUUCGCCAGAUGGUCAAGGGGAUGGAUGCUCUACCGUCUCUGGCUGGGCCGCUUCGAUCGAGACCUUCUCGAGCUGCAUCGCAAACACGGCCCGAUCGUGCGAUUCGGACCGUAUCACUACAGCUUCAACAGCCCCGAUGCCAUCGACAGGAUCCACGGCCACGGUACAGAGCUCGACAAGUCUAGCUGGUACGAGUCCUGGAAUGACCCCGGAUUCAAGACGCUCUUCUCCGAGCCGAGCGUCAAGGCGCACGCUCAGAUGCGGCGCAAGUUCCAGCCGACCUUUACCAUGUCGAACUUGGUGAGCUAUGAAAGCUUUGCGAACGAGUGUAUUGCUCUGUUAUGCAAGCGUUUGGAAGAGAUCGCCAACGGGCCGGGCGAAACGGAUCUCUCUCGCUGGACCCUCGCCUACUCUAGCGACGCCGUGAGCAUGAUCUCCUAUUCCAAACGUGUUGGUUUCCUCGAUGCGGGAGAAGAUGUUGGCGACAUGUGGAAGACCUUGCACGGCAACUUUGCCUACAGCACCUUUGUCGGUGUCUUUUCGGAGAUCCACCCGCCCAUCGUUUCUUUCAUGAAGUUCAUACAACGACUUAAGCUCGGAACCGGCACACCCCGCAUGUUCCUGGCUCGUUUCACUAGCAAGCUGAUCGAGCAGAGGCGGGCAGAGCGAUCGGAUGAGAAGACGGCGGGCUCGCUUCCAGCUCGACCAGAAGACAGCACGCCCAGAGACAUGCUCAGCAAAUUCCUCGACUUGCACGAUCAAGAACCCGCACGAUUCACGCUAGGCGAUGUCACCGUCGGCCUUCUAGGCAACGUCAUCGCUGGCUCCGACUCGACCGGAGGCGCGCUUACAGCCAUUCUCUACUGCCUUCUCAAAGAUCCUCGCGUGCUUCAGAAGCUGCGUGACGAGAUCUCUGCCGCCAGGGAGGCUGGUGCCCUGUCUUCCCCACCGACCUUCAAGGAAGCACACGACCUGCCAUACCUCCAUGCAGUCAUCCACGAAGCCAUGCGAAUGUACGUUCACGUCGGCCUACCCCUCCAGCGAAUCGUGCCCGCUGGCGGACGUGAGAUCGGAGGAGUCUACUUCCCACCCGGCACUGUCGUCGGCGCCACUCCUUCCGCCGUUCAUAUGAACCCCACCAUCUACGGACAAGAUGCCCACGUCUUCCGCCCCGAGCGGUGGAUCGAUUCGAGCAAAGAGACGCUGGCGGUCAUGAACCGAUACUGGGCGCCUUUCGGGCUUGGCAGUCGCACGUGCAUCGGGCAGAACAUCAGCAUGUUGGAGAUGAAGAAGGUCGUCCCGGUUUUGGUAUCUACUUUUGAUCUGGAAUUAGCUGGGGAGCUUCGGGCGGAAGGGGCGGAGAUGCAGUGGCUUGAUCGCUGGUUUGUCGGACCGGUGGCAUUACCGGUACAGGUUCGAUUACGAGGUUCCCUUGACGACAAGGAGUGA